UACGCGUUACGUUUUACGUAAUAAUAUCCAAAGGUUGUGUUUACUGACUGAACGAGAAUUUCGGGAACACCGUGUUAUUUUACAUUCAGAAUCAGACAGUCUUGACAUAUGUUGUUGGCUGAGGAGAAGAACUUGUAGGGCAAGUGAUAUGAGUCUAUACAACUAAUCGACGCCCCUCAUUAUCGCAAUGAGUGUUGCUGCGCUGGGUGUGAUUGUUGUAGGCGUAUUCUUCUUGGCCCUGUAUCUCCUCCAUCGCUAUGGGGACUUUGGGAAGCAGCAACCCAUGGUCCUGUUUGGGACACUGUUGGCCUGGUACCUGUGCUUCCUCAUCGUCUUUAUACUGCCGCUCGAUGUUAGCACGACCAUUUACAAUCAGUGCAAGAUUAAUAAUGCACUGCCCCCUGAUCCAGGGAGUCAUUCCAAAACAGAUCAGGCACAAUCCAACGAAUCCAUCCUUCCAACCAGCAGUGCGUUGAAGGUGUGUCAUGAGCCCUGGAGUUACAUACCAGAUGGUGUCCUGCCAGUCUUCUGGCGAGUGGUCUACUGGACGUCCCAGUGUCUCACCUGGCUGCUGAUACCCUUCAUGCAGUCCUAUGCACGGUCCGGGGCUUUCUCCAGGGUUGGAAAGAUUAAAACAGCUCUGAUCGAAAAUGGGAUUUACUACGGCACCUACCUACUAAUAUUCAUCUCGCUGCUCAUCUAUGUUGCCGCUCACCCGCAGUGGUACCUCACAUGGAGAGAAUUUCAGACCAUCGGCAUCACUGCUGCAAACACCUGGGGCCUGUUUCUUCUGGUGCUGUUGCUAGGCUAUGGCCUGGUGGAGAUCCCACGCUCCUAUUGGCUCGCCUCUUGCCAUGGUUACCUACUGGCCAAGACCUAUUUCAAAGCAGCUAAAAUGGCCACUGAGAAGGCAGAGGCAGAGGAGAACUUGGCAGAUGCUAUGGAGGAGGUGGCAUCUGCCCAUGAGUCUGUACGUAAUAUGCACGACACAACUCUCAGAAAGUGUGUGGACACCAUUUUACAAAAGUGUCCCACUGAUUACCGGGAGCGGAUCGAGAGGGGUGCUGAGGGCAGUGUUGGAAGUGAAAACCAACCCGUUGUGGAUCCCCCCACCAAGGGAGGCCUAGUAAAGCUUCACAAAAAGGUGAUCACUGCCGUCCAGAGGCAGCGGCAGUCCCAGGUCCAGUGGUCAAUCCUCUUGGAGCAGGCUGUCCAUCUGGAAGACGUAGCCAAGAGCCAGGGCGGCCCACUGCGGCAGGUCGUCCACAGCUUCCCGUCAGCGCAGCACGCAACCCCCCUGCGCAGGUUCAUCUACACCCCCACCAUUGAGUGGUACUGGGAGUGUGUGUUUAGGCGAUUUUUCUAUAGGCUGGCCUUCCUGGUCCUGGGGGCCCUGUCCCUGGCAGUGGUGUGGUCUGAGUGCACCUUCUUCAGCUCCCAGCCUGUCCUCUCCCUCUUCGCCGUCCUCAUCCAGAUGGCAGAGAAGCAGUACAACUACAUCUGCAUCGAGAUGGCGUGCUUUGUCAGUAUCUUCUUCCUCUGUGUGUGUGUCUACUCUACAGUGUUUCAAAUACGAGUAUUCAACUACUAUUACCUGGUACCACACCAUCAGACGGACGCUUACAGCCUGCAGUUCAGUGGCAUGCUGUUCUGCCGCCUCACUCCUCCGUUGUGCCUUAACUUUCUGGGUCUGAUUCACAUGGACUCUGCCAUCUCACACAAAGACCGGAUACAGACCUCCUACACCUCUAUUAUGGGCUCCAUGCGCCUGCUAUCGGUUAUAUCAGACGGGUUUUACAUCUACUACCCCAUGCUGAUUCUGCUGCUCUGCUUUGCUACAUAUUUUAAACUGGGCUCGCGCUGUUUGAACCUGCUAGGCAUCCAGCAGUACAUCAGAGACGAUGACCUGACCUCCGACCUGGUGGACGAGGGCAUGGAACUGCUCAGAAGAGAGAGGAGAAAGCGGCAGAGGGCCGAGGAAGGGGAGAAUCGCAAAUCGGGUUGGAGGCAACGCUACAGCGACCAGGGGACCAAUGGUAAAGCCCGUAAAGGUUACUCUGAGAUAGAUGGUGAUGGUGAUGACAACGCAUCUUCUGCAGAAGUCGUUCAAAAUGCCUGGUUGUCUUGGGGAGACCAGGAUAACAGGGAGCAGAGGGCCAGUCUACUCCAUGACAGUCCCUCCGCCAGCUACAGUGAUGAAGAUCUGUCAUCACACUCACCAACCAAGAGAUAUACAGGCGGACGAUACCUGUCGCUGUCACCUUCUUCAACAAGACUUUUUGAUAAUGUGUGAUUGAAAGAGGACACCCCUUUCACUCUGUGUAAUCAGGAUGAACAGCAAAGCGCUCCUUUUGCCAUAUUCUAAUUAAGAAUUACUAUGACAUGUCUCUGAGGAGCGGAGUCAAACGCAGAGAACUUUGAGUGAUUGCAAAACCCUCACGGAUGGAAGACUGAAGGCUUUCCAACGUUUAUUACUGGAUGGAAGGAUGUUUACAAAGACGUUAUUGCAAAGGCAUUUUUUUAAUCUGUUAUUUAUUGAUACUCACGGACUUCACGGUGAAUAAAUCAAUGUCAGCCCGCCCCAAUUCAAUUUACGACUUGGGGACAGGCUGGCACCUGUGAUUUCUAACUGUUAUUUGUACCUGAGGAGUAGAACUGCGGAGAAGUAGCUUUUGAUUUCAACAAAUACAAUAAAAUACAAUACA